GAUGGCGCUGCGGAGCCCCGGGCGGCGGCGGGCGGCGAUGCCGGGAUAAGGCGGGCGGCCAUGGCGCAGGGAGCCGGCCCGGCGCUGCGGCUGCUCCCGGCGCUGCUGCAGCUCCCGGCGCUCCUGCAGCUCCUGGCGCUCCCCGCCGGUCACGGCAACAGCACCGGCUCCGGCUCCCUGUAUGUCUCCGAGUACUUCUCUCAGAGUGCGCAGAAGUUGUCCUUCUACAGCUGGUAUGGGAAUGCCAAGGUCUUCCACUUCCACGUGCCAGAAGAUACUGUGCUGCUUCGCUGGCUUCUGCAGGCGUCCAGGGGGAAAGAACCGGAGUGUACCAGCAUGGAGGUCACAGUGCACUUUCGCUAUGGAGCCCCUCCUGUAAUUAAUCCGCUGGGCACUCAUUUUCCUGCAAAUGCGACUGUCCAUCCUUCCUAUAACAUAAGCAUCACUCUGAGCAGUGCUGUGCAAAACACCACUUUUGUGAAUGUUACAAGCCCUGCUGCAGGAGACUGGUUCAUUGCUGCACAUCUCCCUGAGGCUGCUGGCAGAAUUGAAGUGAAGGGUUUCUCCACUCCCUGCACCUAUAUGUUUCAGGCAGAUAUGUUUGUGCUUAGACUCACUGAUAUGCCUGUUCUGGAGCCUGGUGUUGCCAUGCCACAAACUAUCAUCUCACCUGCUAAGCCUCUGCAUGUCAAGGUCUUUGUUCCCAAGUACACCACCAGGAUGUGGUUUGAGCUGCGAAGCUGCAUGACAAGUGAGCAGAAAGCAUGCACUGUGCGGGUAGUGCUGGGCUCAAUCACGCUGCCGCAGUCCUUCCAGAGGAUCAUCACCUGCACAGGGAAUGUAAACUGCAGCCUGGGCCUGGAUUCACUCCCCUGGGAGAAGUGGUUGCAGAUCAUGGUGGAGAGUCUUGGCACUGCCAAUGCCAGCGUGUCCAUGGAGAUACUGACUUCUUUCACAGACUGUAGGCCGGGAAGUGCCAGUUCAUUUCUUAACUUCAGCCUAAACCAGAGCCAAGCUGGUUCUGGGCCAGGUAGCACAGGAACAGCAGGGAGCCCCACUCAGUCUACAGGAACGGCUUUACGCAAUGCAUCUGACCAGAGGAGCUUCUGCCUCCAGAAUCAGCCUGUUGUUCGGGAGGACCUGGAUGUGGUGUCCGUGCGGUACAGGCUCCUGAAUGGUCCCACUGUGCCCGUGUACUCCAUCUCCCCAACCCUCCUUCUCCUCAACUUGAACACUGGCAUGGACAGCGGGGGUUCCUUUGUGGUGAAUCUCCUGCUUAACAAGACGUCUCUGAGCCAGGCCAAUGCCACUGUGGUAGCAUGUCUGAGUGCUGCUUCGCCGGUGCUGUCCCUCAAUACCACGCGGAUGUGCAGUACAGCUUUUUUCCAGGGCUACCCUCUGAGUGUGAGCACGUCCUCUGCAGAAGCGAUGGUGAUUGUCCUGUAUCCCCAGACAGAUGACUGGUUCCUUUCCUUGCAGCUCAUCUGCCCAAAGGGCCAGGGUGAAUGUAACACCGCAGAAGCCAAAGUGACCAUCAUAGCAUACCUCACCCCCUGCUUCAAUGACUGUGGGCCAUAUGGACAGUGCAGUCUACUGAGAAGACAUGGCUACCUCUAUGCGGGCUGCAGCUGUAAAGCUGGUUGGAGUGGGUGGAGCUGCACGGAUGACACCAAGGCCCAGUCUGUUGGUGCGCAGAACCUGGCCACCCUCCUGCUCACGCUGAGUAACCUCAUGUUCCUGCCAGCAAUAGCAGUUGCUGUCUAUCGCUACUACCUGGUGGAGGCCUCUGUCUACACCUACACCAUGUUCUUCUCCACGUUCUACCACGCAUGUGACCAGCCAGGCGUUGCUGUGAUGUGCAUUAUGGACUACGACACACUCCAGUACUGUGACUUCUUGGGCUCUGUGGUGUCCAUCUGGGUGACAAUCCUGUGCAUGUCUCGGGUAAAGAAGAUUCUGAAAUACGUCCUUUUCGUCCUGGGGACCCUGUUAAUUGCCAUGUCCCUGCAGCUGGACCGCAGAGGGGUGUGGAACAUGAUGGGUCCCUGCCUCUUUGCCCUUGUCAUCAUGAUUGCAGCAUGGGUUUACCACGGAGUAAAGCGCAGACACUGCUACCCCUCCUCCUGGAAGCGUUGGGUCUUCUACCUCCUACCAGGGAUCACCUUGGCUUUCAUCGCCAUCUCAGUAUAUGCAUUCAUGGAAACCAAUGAGAACUACUACUAUACCCACAGCAUCUGGCACGUGCUAGUGGCUGGCAGUGUUGCUUUCCUGCUUCCACCUCGGGACAAGCAUAAGAAGCCCUGGGCUUGGUCACAGAAACUCACUUGUCGCUAUCAGAUCUGCCAGAAUGACCGUGAGGAGCUCUAUGCUGUCACCUGAACUGCUUGUCACCAGGUCACAAAGGUGAAGGGUUGGUAAGGUUGCUCUUUGCCAGGCCAGCCCGGGCUGCCCCUCUGUAGCAUGUUGGCAAUCUUGUUAUGUGCUCAUUCACUAGCUGGGACAGCACAGUAGCUGGACUGGGUUUAAACAUGAAGACAGUGGGCUUGUCUUUUGAAGGCAAGUUUGAGAUCCCCUACACUUUUCUGCUGGGAUGGGGCAGGCUCUUUUGGUUCUAAAAUGAGAAAUAGUCUCCCUUCCACCUUCUCCGUGGCCUUGGGGGAAAAUUGUCAACUUUUGUUCCCCUCCUACCCAAUCCAUGAGGAUUGGGCUCAGCCCAUGCUGCACAGACACCACAGGCUGCUGUGCUUUUCCCUGGACUCACUCUCUUAGCAGAGGGCUGUGGGAUAGGGAUUUCCUAUGCCAUCUUGCAAUCAAAAUUUGCUUUGUCAAGAGAAGAAUAGAUGUCUUCUGCACCUGACCUGGAGGCAAAUGCGUUUGAGUGCCCUUGGUGCUGAAUAGGGGGAGGGAGGUAGCUGAUUUCAGCACGCACUGGGGCCUUGGUUGCUGUCUCCCAUAUGGGUCUGGAGCCUUCUCUUUGUGAAACAGGUAGUGCUGCUCUUACGUAGGCUGGUUUCUGGAGACGAUGAAUGAGACCUGAAUUUGGGCCCUGGAUUCAGGAUCAGACUUGUCAGGAAUGUAGAAAAAAAUGUGUGCAAGAGGCAUCAGUAGCAUCUGCCUGAUAACUGUGAAACUCACAGGGUUUAGUCUAAAUUUUUCUUUGUCCCUCUUGGUUCAUCCAGAAGGAACUAGGCUGCUGUAAUGUUCCCCUUCCUCUCUUUGUGUUCAGGUAUUCGCUGUCUGACUUCCUUUUGUGGGUUCAGCAGCUCUGCCCAGCCAACAUAGGUGGCAGAAUCUCUCAGGACUCCAUCAGGGUUGGUGAUGUGCUGUGGCAUUUCACUUACAAGUUAAGUUAGGAACACUGCCCCCACUUCCUGCACCUUUGGGCAGCAACAGUUCACUCUGUGUCUGUGUUUGGUUGGGAUCAGCCUGGGCAGAGCUGGAAUCCAGGGCCCUAGGGCAGCUCCAGCCUCAAGGUAUGCCCCAGUCUUGCAAUAGUCUGAGCACGGUAUGGCAAGUUUGUUAACAUGUGCUUCAAACCUAAUCUGCACUCAGCACCUUUCCUGUGCUUUGCGUACAGCAUCACAUUGGAGCUGUGCAAGCCCUGUGCUCAACCUGUUGUGGCUCUGAGGCUGGAUGUGCUGUGGAGCCACAGCUGGUCUGAGGCUGUUGGGAGUGUCCCAGUCCAGCCAAAAGCAUCUCCCUGGGCUCCCAAGGUGGUUGCAGUCCCUUUGGGGGCAUCUGUCUUGCUUUAGCCUUACUGGAGGGUACUUGGACAUCGGAAAGCAAGGACAGAAACACAGAAUUAGCAACCAGGAAAGUAGUCUUUGCCCUGUCCUUAUUAUGUAGAUAAGGGCUCAAAUAGAUGGUUCCCUGCCUGGUUAUUCCAAUUGUGGCAGAUGGCCAAGGAAGAACAGCUUUGGCCAGUACAGAGCUCUCCUUCCUAUGCUAGAGACACUAAUGUUCCACAUCCAGCCAUGUGCUUUUGGUACAGCCUUUGGUUCAAUUCUAUGUGCAAGCUGGCUAAUUUCCACAAAAUUGUGAUCCCAGUAACUGUUGCACAUCCUCCUCCUCUGGGAUCAAAAUGAUGGCAAACACUACGUAUGUGGCAUUAAGGUGACAGCUGACACAAGCGUUUUGGUGCUCCUUUCUAGUGUGCACGCUGCUCAGAGCUGGUCUGCAGAGUCAGACCUCUUCCUUUUGGAAGGAAAGAGCUAUUAAUGAAGGAUGAUGCUUCCUAGUUUAUAGGAAUCAGGUUUAUUUCUUUGCCUUGAAAAAUGUCCAGCGUUCUCCUCAGAUCUGUACUUUAACCUCUUCUCAUAGCUAACGUAGCCUCUGCCUAAUUAAUCUGCCUGUUAAUCCAACCUCUACCUUUGCACUGGAGGAGGGAUAACCCCGGGCGGCAUGAUGUACUAGAGGCCACCCAGCUGGAAAGCAGCUUGGCAGAAAAGGUACUAAGAGUCCUGGUAGA